CCCUAACCUUUGACGGAUAGGAGGCUGUUUGGGUUUUUUUUAAUGAGGGGCACCGUGCUAUGCUAGCAGGCUGCUGCUGCUAGCAUAGCUGGAACUGACGUUUGUUAGCUUCCAGCUAGCAAGCUAGCUGCUGUUGCUAACACCUAGCAUCUAGCGUUUACUUUUGAAAACGUUCCUAGUCUGAAGCGGUUUGUUGCACGUCAUAUUUCCAUAGUGAUAUAGUUUAACCAGCUGCAUAUGCAUCUGAUUUAUAAACUGUGAGAAAAACAAACAGCCAGGCUAAUGAGAUUUCCACUCGAUGCACCGGGUGUGGGUGGGCCCGGUGGUUGCAUAACGUGUUGUGAUGCCGGAGCUCCACAGACAGAAGACGAUGAAGAGAAGCAGACACGCCAGCAGCAGCGAUGACUCGGAUAAUGGAAGACGUAAACAGAGAGAGAAGGGCAAGAAAUGGACAAAGGUAAAAGCAGAGCAAAAGGACAGCGUCAGUGUGAGAAACAGGGCAGGAAGUAGGAACAGGAGGCGUGUUUGGACCGUUGAAGACGCACACACAGGUAAUUCUACCUGCUGGUCUCUGCAUUCAUCACAGCACCGGAGGGGAACCGGGCAGAAACCCUCCGAGGUUUUCAGGACAGACUUGAUCACAGCCAUGAAAUUACACGACUCGUAUCAACUGAAUCCUGAGGAUUACUACGUCCUGGCCGAUCCAUGGAGGCAGGAGUGGGAGAAGGGCGUCCAGGUCCCCGUCAGCCCCCAGUCCAUCCCUCAACCUCUGACCAGAGUACUGGCAGAAAAGGGAAAGGAGGUGAUGUUCAUCAAGCCCAAGAAGUUGAUCCGGACGUCGGGCACGGAGGCGCUGGGCUAUGUGGACAUCCGCACGCUGGCAGAGGGGAUGUGUCGCUACGACCUGAACGAAGAAGACGUCGCUUGGCUGCAGAUCAUAAACGAGGAGUUCGCACAGAUGGCUAUGCCGCCGCUGGACGAGAACACCAUGGAGCGGGUCAUGGAGGAGUUCGAACACUGCUGUGACGAGAACAUGACGCACGCCAUGGAGACGGAGGAGGGGCUGGGCAUCGAGUACGACGAGGACGUGGUGUGUGACGUCUGUCAGUCGCCAGACGGAGAGGACAACAACGAGAUGGUGUUCUGCGACAAGUGCAACAUCUGUGUUCAUCAGGCAUGCUACGGCAUCCAGAAGGUCCCAAAGGGCAGCUGGCUGUGUAGGAUCUGCGCGCUGGGCAUCUUCCCAAAGUGCCAGCUGUGUCCUAAGAAGGGGGGGGCCAUGAAGCCGACCCGCAGUGGAACCAAGUGGGUUCAUGUCAGCUGUGCCUUGUGGAUCCCAGAGGUGAGCAUUGGGAAUCCAGAGAAGAUGGAGCCGAUCACCAAUGUGUCCCACAUUCCCAGCAACAGAUGGGCUCUGAUCUGCUGUCUGUGUAAGGAGAAGACAGGAGCCUGCAUACAGUGCUCGGCGAAAAACUGCAGGACCGCCUUCCAUGUGACCUGUGGUCUCCAUGCCAACCUGGAAAUGAACACCAUCCUCACGGAGGACGACGAGGUGAAGUUCAAGUCGUACUGCCCCAAACACUCGGGGAUCCAAGGGGCCGGAGGCGGCCAGCGCGACUCGGGGGACGAGGAGGAGAAGGAGGGGGCCAGAGACUGGAAGGGACGGGCCAAGAGCGACCAGGAGGAGCUCAGCAGCCGCCAGCAGGAGAAGAGGGUCAACCUGCGCAAGCUGAAGCUGCAGGAGAUGGAGGAAGACUUCUUCCAGUUCGUGGACGUGGACGAGGUGGCCAAGACUCUGAAGCUUCCCCCGGAGGUGGUCGACUUCAUCUACCAGUACUGGAAGCUGAAACGCAAAGCCAACUUUAACAAGCAGCUGCUCACCCCCAAGAAAGACGAGGAGGAGAGCCUCGCUCGGCGUGAGCAGGAGGUGCUGCUGCGGCGCCUGCAGCUCUUCACCCACCUCAGACAGGACCUGGAGAGGGUGCGUAACCUGACCUACAUGGUGACCCGGCGAGAGAAGCUGAAGCGCUCGCUCUGGAAAGUCCAGGAGCAGAUCUUCCAGCACCAGGUGCGACUGCUCGACCAGGAGCUGCUCAACGGCGAGCCCUCUGCCUCUGACCUGGAGAAGCUGCUCUCCCUGGGCUCGUCGCCCUCCGCCGGCAGCCAGCCCGGCUCCUCCUGGAGCAGCUCGGCUCAGAAGAGCAGACGCAGCGCUCCCAGGGGGGAGAGGAGGAAAAGCCUGUCGGACUCGGCCAACGUUCAGAAGAAGGACAAUCAGUGCAAGCCGGCGGAGAGCAAGGAGAGCAAAGGCUCCCGGGUGAAGGAGGCCGCCGCCACAGAGGCUGCAGGCGACGCCAAAGUCCAGAAGUCUGAGGAGGCUUUGGUUAAGCUCCCAAAGCCAGAGGCCACCCAGGAGCGCGCCUCCGUCAAGGCCCACAAGCCCGAGAGCAGGAAGGGCCUCAGAAGAGAGGCUCCAGGGCCAGAACACGAAGCUGUGGCUAGCCAGAAAGCAGACCCAGAGCAGGAGGAGCGAGGCAGGAAGAGGAGGAGCGACGUCUCCGAGAGCUUCACCUGCCAGCUGAAGAAGUUCAGCUCCAGACACCUGGACAAAACCGUGUCCAUCCGGCUGGUGGACAUCAGGAACUCUGACUCCGACGAGUAUUUCUUUGAAGACGGGACGGCCAGGAGGAGCGGCUCUUCGCUCAGUCUGACUCCCAACACUAAGUUCAGGACCGGCGCGCUUUCAGACGCCUCCAAAGCCAGCGGCUUGCUCAGAAAGCCGGCGGGCGGCGCUUCCCACGGCCCUAACGGCUCCGUGUCGGGACACCUGAAAGGCUGGGGGAAGUUCCGCAUCCCAAAGAGGACCGACAAGCCUCCGAGCGCCGCCGCGCCCAGGCAGCAGGAGCUGGAGCGCAGCAACCCUCUGCUCCGGCCGCUCACCAACACGCCGCAGCCGCCGUACCCCAGAACGCGGCUGCGCGCCGGACCGGAGGCCGACGGCUACGGCGCCGACCCGAAGGCGGCCGAGGGCGAGCUGGAGCCCUGCCUCAAACGCUGCCACUCCCACGAGCUGAGGGGCGACUCGUCUCUGGGGCGCCGCUACGGCUCGGACAUUAUCCGCCGAGGCGUGCUGGCCUCCUGAUGGCCAGACAAGCUGCACUGUGCUCAUCCGGACACAACCACCGUCACUCUUUCUACCUUUUUAUUUUCUCUAGAAAUCAUAAAAUGGCUAGAUGAAAUAAAAAAAAAAAAAACAACAACAACCCAGAGCUGAUAUUUAUUUUUUAUUUGUACCAUAAUGUAAAACUUGGAAAUAUUUGAAUUUAUUUUGAGCUUAGUUUUUGUUCGUUUGUUUUUGGGGGUAGAAACGUGUCAAGUUGCCACUUAAAUCGCUUGCUCGGAUAUUUACAAGCAGAAGCAUCGACUAGGAAGAUGUUGUGAUUGUUGCUUGGGACCAUAAGCUUGCAAUGUCAUUUGUGUUUUAAUCUAGUAUUAGAGCGGGCCGUGGCUCAGGUGGAAUUGGCCGGUCCAGCUCAGACAUGUAACCCUGAUCCCGUCAGCCAGUAGGACCCUGCAGGUCUUCUUCUUCUUCUUUUUUGUUUUUAACCAGGCACCAUCAGAUCUUAACAGCCACAACCAGGAAGUCCAGCCGACCCGGUUCUCGCCCUUUAGUCUCGCCCGGCUGUGACCCGGGAGGAAAUUUUAAAGAGCGAUGUUUUCCAUGUCAUCAGCACUUAAGUGUAAUUGAACUGCGACCGUAUCCAUCAUGUGCCUAACUUUUAUUUGAAGCGUUUGCACUACGAGAGGAUGGCACAGGUGGGAGGCACGACGAGAGAUAUUUUUACACUGAAAAACGACAGGAGCCUUUUGUACCCUCGGCCGCUGCUGUACUACUGUUAUGCAAAAGGAGUGUUUGUGGGGGAGGGGGGGCUUGAAGAGAAAUAAAAAAAUUACUCUCAAGAUAAAUCUGUGUGCGAUGAAUGUUUGAACACGUUGUCCGCUGAGGUUCUUAUCUUUUUCUACUUCUGUCGACUCACUGAUAAUAAAAGAGUUCUAGUUGGUCCAAAA